AUCAUUCAAUUCUAAAACUCAAAACUUCAAAAUCCCUUCCUCUCUCUCUAAUUAAUUCCUCAAUUCAAUCCCCAUCAUUAAUUUUCAAGGAAGCAGAAACGCAGAGAAAAAUGAGGGGAAAGCCAAUGAAUGGUAAACUCACCUUGGUCCUAUGCUUUGCAAGCUUUCUUGCAGGAUCACUCUUCACUGGGCGCAACAGAAUUCAAACCAAAGAUCCUCAGUUUCUUAACCAUUUUGAAAAUCUUGAAGCAGCCACUCCAGAUUGUGAUCAUAAACGAAAAUUAGUGGAAUCGAAUGACCAGGAUAUUAUGGUGGAAGUUACAAAAACACAUCAAGCACUUCAAUCUCUGGAGAAAACGUUCGGAAAUUGGGAGAUGGAAAUGGCGUUAUCUCGAACGAACGGGAGAAAUCCGAGGCCGCUUCCGCCGGAGAAGGCGUUUGUGGUGAUCGGAAUCAAUACGGCCUUCAGUAGCAAGAAACGCCGAGAUUCGAUUCGAGAAACGUGGAUGCCUCGAGGAGAAUCUUUGAAGAAAUUGGAGAAAGAGAAGGGGAUUGUAGUCCGAUUCGUCAUAGGAAAGAGUGGAAGGCCAGGUGGAGCAUUAGAUAGAGCCAUAGAUGAGGAGGAAGAGGAACAUGGUGACUUUCUGCGGCUGAGGCAUGUGGAAGAUUAUCAUCAAUUGUCGACGAAGACACGGCUGUACUUCACGACGGCGGCGGCUCUGUGGGCGGCAGAGUUCUACGUGAAGGUUGACGACGAUGUUCAUGUCAAUUUGGGGGCAUUGGUGACAGCUUUAGAACGACAUCGGUCCAAGCCCAGGAUUUACAUGGGCUGCAUGAAGUCAGGCCCAGUUCUCUCUCAAAAGGGAUUGAAGUAUCAUGAGCCAGAGCAUUGGAAAUUUGGUGAAGAAGGGAAUGAGUAUUUUAGGCAUGCCACUGGCCAAAUCUAUGCCAUUUCUAAAGACCUUGCUGCCUACAUUUCACUUAAUUAUCCUAUAUUACAUCGAUAUGCGAACGAAGACGUGUCAUUGGGAGCUUGGUUGAUUGGCUUAGAAGUCGAACACAUCGAUGAUCGUUCCAUGUGCUGUGGAACACCCCCAGAUUGCGAGGCAAAAUCAAAUGGAGGGAAUGUAUGUGUGGCAACGUUUGAUUGGUCGUGCAGUGGGAUUUGUGAAUCUGUGGAGAGAAUGAAGGAAGUUCAUAAGUUAUGUGGAGAAGGUAACGAAGCUAUUUGGAACGUUGCUGUUUAAUGCCAUUUGUAUCAAAGCUGAGGGAUUGUUGAGUAAAAAUAAAACAAGGAAGAAAGAGUCUCCAAUUCAUAAGUGAAAAACUUACCUUUUGCUUU